AUGGUUCCUAAUCCCUCCGGGAUGAUAUCGUUCGGGCUCCUCCUAUUAUUGAUUACUUGUUGGGACAAGAAUCAAUUGUCAGCACAAGCAUUUGACUAUCAGGCUGGAGUUCCCUGUUCUACGGAUCUAGAGUGCAAUAAUUCAUAUGGCAAGGGAUCUUUCUGCCUUUCAUCAGGAGUCUGCAGCAAUCCUUAUCAUUCAGGUUGUCUCAACAAUCUCUUUCCGGAAGAUGAUCAAUACAUAAUACGGCACUGCAAUUCUCAUGACGAGGAGAUCGACGAUCCAAUGUGCCGAAUAUCAAAUCAUCUGUAUCCAGAAAUCAACAUAUACAAUCAAGAUUGGGAGGUGGCCUUAUUCUUUAGUUGGAUUUAUCAGAUUUUCCUAUCAGAAGUUUUGAGUGUUCCUGUACGGGUGGGCUUGGGCCGGACCAGCGCAAAUCUGACGACCAAGGAGAGUUUGCAGACAUCUAACUUUUACAGUCUAGAAACCACUUUACCUGCCAUGGAUGGACCGAGUUAUCCAUGGCAUGGCAUUCGAAAGGCGAAUGAAAUGGGAGGAGAUUGUUCUCUGACACAGGAUGAUUGUUUUCAUAUCAUUCCCGACGUUUGGUCGGGGCAGCGGGACAAUUAUGAACAAGAAUAUGCGGAAGGUCAAAUUGAUUAUCUGGAUGGUAAUGGUCAAGUGGGCAAGGUGUCAUGGUAUUUGCCCAAACGCACAGCCCAAAGGUAUCCCUUCGCGGUAACCUAUUUGGGCCUGAAGGAAAAUCGGGAACAGCUGGCGGAAAUAUUUCAUCGUCCCGUGACAUGGAGAGACUAUUGUCAUGAGGUUUCUGACACAAACUGUUCGCAACCAGAUGAGGUGGCACUCCGGUAUCCAGAGACAGAGGAAUUCGGAAGCAAGUAUUUUUUGAGCGAAGGUUACAUUGGCCACUUUCGACGGACCAACAAGAAUAAUUGCACAAUAGUUGAUGAAAACGCCUCCAGUAUGACGGCGGUCGAAAGCAAUCUGACCUGUACAGGACACAUUGUAAAUGCCAAAUCCAGUUGGAGUACCUUUCUGGAAGCUCAAGCCUACUGGAAUAAUAUUGCCUUGGAGUCCAAUGGACCCGACUUGAUCAAUGGUGGUUAUGAUUAUGAUGACAUGGUUGAUAUUUGGAGAGCUGCGAACGCUACAGACUCCGACGUGAUUUCCUAUUUCUUUGAACCUGAUUUUGCAUCGGAAGAAUUCCGCAACACAGAAUACGAGUAUACGAAAGUCAUAUUGCCGGCAGCCACGAUUCAAUGUCGGGAUUCUCGGGUACCCCCCAGUGAUCGAAAUAGUUUGGAUCCGAAGAUUCGACGAGGAGUAAAGGAGGGUUCUUGUGAUGAUAAUGCCCAUGGAACCAAACAGGUCGUUGCCAUGUCCUUACGAGACAACACAAUUUCUACAUCUGAUGCCUAUCGGAGCCCUGCAUACGCAUUCGUUCGCAACUUCAACAUGGACGAGCUCGAAUUGAGUCAAUUGCUUCGUGUAUUUUCCGCAAGGGGGCAGAAUGGUCAUGCUGCACGUGGGGCAGUAUGCGAAUGGGUCGGCAACAACAUGGACUACAUUUCUAGUUUUAUCCCGCCAAGUCAUCCCCGAAACGUCAUAGCCCGUACGAGCAAAGGAGAAGUUUUUAGUAUUUUGGCAAUUGCGGUUGGGGUUUUUGCGGUAGUCUAUGUCCUUCUGGCGGCCAUUCAAAUGUACAAGCUUCGAAAAAAGAAAGUAUUUAUGUACGCUCAAGUGACCUUCAUCUUCGUGGUUCUCUUUGGGCUGUUUCUGGUUGCCAUCAGUUCUAUCUUGUACGUCAUUGAACCAAACGAUACCGUGUGUACGACGCAGUCCUGGCUAAUGGCCUUGGGAUUUACUUGCAUGCUGGUCCCUUUGAUAAUUAAAGUGUCAGCCAUGAACAAAUUGAUGAGGGCCUCGGCAAGAAUGCGCCGCAUACGCAUCAAACCUGCAGCACUUUAUGCAAAAGUGCUGGGUUGGUUGGUCUUUGUUGCCAUCUAUUUGAUAGUUUGGACCGUAGUCGAUCCCCCUCUAUCGAUUGAAGUGCGAAUGCUCAAUGACGAUCGAACUACAAUUUAUACCGAGACUGGUUGCAUGUCGAGUUCUAAAUAUUGGUUGUCAAUCUAUCUUGGUUGGGAAAUGAUAUUGGCCCUUGCUGCCUUCGUUCUUGCUUUUCAGUCUCGCAAAGCCAAGGCGGAAUUCAACGAAUCCAAGAGUUUGGGCUUCAUGAUCUACUCGCACUUGGGCUUUGCCGCUCUGCGGAUUCUUGUGUUCAAUAUUUUUGAAGAAGAAGAUGCUCAUCUCGAGGCCCUUGGGACCAGUUUCUUUCUGAGUUUGGACGUAAUUUUGGCUGUCACCAUCUACCUGAUACCAAAAUUCUACCAAUGCAACGAGUUCGAAAAGGCUCGGCCGUCUAAUGAAUUGCAAGGGUCAGCGACCGUACAAGAGAUCCAAUUACAAGCGGCAAGCACCACCAAUUUUCAAAGAUUCCGACGGAGCAGUAUCAGUAUGUUAUUUGGUGCUUCUAAACCCUACACGGGAGAUGCUUUUGAAGCUUUUGACAUGUCAGAGAGUCAUAAUACUGACGCCGAGACUAGCAAUAUUUUGACCGAACUGGGCGGCCCAAAAAAGCCAGAGAAGGAAACUGACGUCAAAAAAGAAAAAGCGAAAGAACCAAUAAUACUGGAAGACGAAAGCAACGAUCAUUUGUCGUCUACCAGCCUUCGCCAGCGAGGUGGGGGGAUAGGUGGCAGUCAUCCAUUUCGCACGUCCCCAAACAGUAAUAAAGAAUUCGAGUCUCGGAGUGGGGAAUUGAGACCUCGGUCCGCAUCCAGUCGGAGUCUUGGUUCAGCGGGCGGUACUCGAACCUCCAUUCGCAACCUUGACCGCCCAACUUUUGCUAAGAGUUUGUCCAAGUAUGGACAGACAAGUGUUCGACUUCUCUUUGGCCCAACAACGGAGCUGGAGGUUAUUCCAAGUGGACGAGAUUUAUUCGGUAGCCUCGAUUCAGAUGACUCUGAGGAAGAAGAUCUGGGAGCUGGAGGAGACAUAAGAUCAGAAGAUGAAGAUAUUAACGAAGUUGAAGAGGGAGUUAUUGAAUCACCUACAAGUGAUUCGCAGGAUAGCAAAGGGGUCGGUUCUCCUGCGAGCCAGAAUCAUCUCGGAACUGCUCGUGCAAGAAGAGAACGUGGUGACUCUUCCAACACGGGGCAAAAAAGAAACGAAAAUGUCAUGGCUGCCUAG